UUCCGCCGAAGAAGUUGGAUUUAGUAGUAUUUCUGCUGCUCUUGUGAUGCCAUGCCGUGCCGGAGAUAUCGCUAGAUCGGAAAGCCGUUCCACAGCAGCCCAGGCGAUGAACCUCAUAGACAGGCUGCAGGACCCCCAGCUGGUGGCGGAAUUCCAGCAUCUCUUUGGCGUGCGCAGGAAGGACAGGGAGAGGGAUGCGAGAGGGGGAGCUGCGGAGAGGCUAGAGGCGGCUGGAGCUAGCAGCGAGAACCUCCUCGGCCGCUACUUAGGGGAGCAGGAGUGCCAGAAUGGGGUGGCGUCGCGGCGCAGUUGCCAGCACCUCUCUGUGCCCGAUGCCCGUCACAAGACGCACUUCCGCCAGGGCUCGACUGCAAGCGUUGCAAGCGACUGCAGCACGGGAAGCGGCCGCUCGUUAAUGGAGAGGCUGCUUGGGGAGAACACCGGAGGGACGGAGGGCAGCAUGGGGGAAGAGGAGGACGGGGGAGGCAACGGCCAGGCACAAGUGGAGGGACGGGAUUUCGAGAUCAACAACAGGUUUUGGUACCACCUGUUCUCGCUGGCCACGGCCCUCGGGGGGGAGCUCUUCUACUCGAUCUUCUUCUGCUUCUGGGCCUGGAACGUGGACGGGGCUGUGCUGCGCAGGGUCAUUGUCAUAUGGAUGAUCACCAUGUAUAUCGGACAAGCGCUCAAGGACAUCCUGAAGGUCCCGCGGCCUGCCUGCCCCCCUGUGGUGAGGCUGGACCCUAAGUGGGCUCUGGAGUACGGCCUCCCAUCCACACAUGCCAUGGUGGGCGCAGCCAUGCCCUUCUCCAUCCUCAUCCUCACCCUCAGCAGGUACCAGCUGGACUGGGGUUGGGGCCUCGCCAUCGCCACGACCUGGUGCCUCCUCGUGUGCCUCUCACGACUGUAUCUGGGCAUGCACAGCGUGUUGGAUAUAGUGUGUGGUCUUGUCCUGGUAACUGGCCUGCUGGUGCUGAUCCUGCCGUGGGUGGACGUCCUGGACCACCUGGCCCUCACGCACCCCGCCUCCCCCCUCCUCACCAUCACUCUGACUAUUGCAAUGGUGGUCUGCUACCCUGCCACUGACAGAUGGACGCCCGCACGCGGAGACACAACCGUCAUCGUAGGAGUAGGCUGCGGCUCCUUGCUGGGCUCGUGGCUCAACUACCAAGUGGGCGUGACGCGCGAGCCCACCCUGGCCCCUCCCUACACCGUCAUCUGGCCGACCCUCAACAUGGCCGGCCUCUCCCUCCUGCGCACCAUCCUGGGCCUUGUGGUGAUUGUGGCGGUCAAGGCGAUAUUCAAGGCACUCUCCUUCGCCACCAUCUGCGCGUUGCUUCAGGUCAAAGCAGAGGACUACGUCAACAAAUCAGGCAGCCUGACCAGCCGGCACCGCCUCAUUGUCGAGCUUUUCUACAAGUUCAUCACGUAUAUCGCUAUUGGAUUCACCAUUGUGUACACAGGCCCCCUAGCGUUCAGGCUCAUUGGCAUUGAGAGGCCGACCUUCUACACUGAAGUCUGAGUGGACUGGACUCCUUUUUUUUUUUCUACUUGUUCUUCAUCUUAUUCUUACUUUUAUUCCUAUUUGCAUUAUUAUUCCUGUGCCUAUUCUGUUAGAGGGUAAGGCUGCAUAUUGUUUAGUGUUCUCUCUACACCGUUAAAAGAAGAAGAAUACAAGGAGGAGGAGGAGGAGGACACAGAAAAGAAGUAGAAAUGAAAAGCGAUGAAAGUGGAGAUAGAGUUGGAAGAGGAAGAGAAAAUUGAGGCGGAGGAGGAGGUGGAGGAGGAAGAGGAAGAGCCGAAGGAUAAGGAAAGUGAGGAAGAGGAGUGUUGUGAAAUAUUGACUUUGUGAUUCUCCUUCCCCCUGCAUGUGUCUCUGUCUUUGUUAGCUGUUGCUAACAUUAUUCUUAUAAUUAUGAUUAUAGUUAUUAAUUUGAAUAUGAUUAUUCAUAUUGUUAUUGUUAGUAUUAUCAUCAUCAUCAUCAUUACUAUCACCGUCACCAUCACCUUCAUCAUCACGAUUAAAAUUACCUUUAUUUUUUCCAUGAUAUUCUCCAUCGCAGAUUUUUAUCUGGCGUGUAUCUCUCCUCUUCCACCUCCAAGUAACAGACUGCCUCUUCCCAAUCCACGAAAGGUUCACAGCGAGACUUCUAUAUCAUGGAGAGUAUGUUGUUGGGUGGAAGCAGUGUUAUACAAACGUUCAUUUAUAUUGCAAUUUCUUGUUUAUAGACGCACACGCACACACACACACACACACACACACACACACACACACACACACACACACACACACACACACACACACACACACACACACACACACACACACACA